AUGCCUGACAUCACAUCUUUGCCUAGCCAUCCUGUGGAUGCUGACCCAACAAAAGAGGCAAUUCCUUCUCAUCCGUUAGGAGUCAAGCCAAGCGGGAACGCUUUGUUAGCCACUUGGAGUCUUCGCAACGCCACCGGCACUUUUCAACAUCUUCCAGAUGAACUAAUCCUGGUCUUGUUGGAAUCUUUGGACGGACCAAGUCUGUUGAGAUUUGGACGAACAUGCAAGGCUUUCUAUGCUUUCACUCGUGCCGAGGAAUUGUGGAAGACGUUAUUUGUGCGGAACCCCAGAGAGGACUUUACAUGGCGAGGGACAUGGCGUUCGACUUAUUUGAAUAUUCCUGCCUCGAAAGUGCCGGUGGUUGAUUGCUCCCAGCUGUUCUCGGACUCUCUCUACCGACCUUUUAACUGCGCACACAUCUCCCUGGACCCUUAUGUUUCCAAGAUUCCUGCUCGAAACCAGAUCACACGACUCCCGGACUUAUCACCCGAGGAGUUUCAAGCAAAGUGGACAGAUAAACCAUUUAUUUUGACCGAGCCUGUCAAGGAAUGGCCAGCAUACAAGAAUUGGUCAGUCGGUUCAUUACUCGCACGAUACGGUCCAACCAAGUUCCGCGCGGAAGCCGUAGAUUGGGCCAUGCGCACGUACGGCGACUACAUGGCGGACAAUUCCGACGAGAGCCCGCUCUACUUGUUCGACCGUUCCUUUGUUUCAAAAAUGGGACUAUCCGUUGGAUCUCCCGACACGACACCAGAUGCAUCAUAUUGGCCACCAUCCUGCUUCGCCGAAGAUUUCUUCUCCGUGCUUGGUGAGGAUCGCCCAGACCACCAGUGGCUGAUUAUCGGACCUGAGAGGUCUGGUAGUAAAUUCCACAAAGACCCCAAUGCGACCAGUGCCUGGAACGCUGUGCUACGGGGCCCCAAAUAUUGGAUCAUGUUCCCUUCUAGCACAAAACAGCCCCCUCCUCCGGGUGUUUUUGUAUCGGACGACCAAAGCGAAGUGACAUCCCCGCUCAGCAUUGCCGAAUGGCUGCUUGGAUUCCAUGCCGAGGCGCGGAGAACCGCUGGUUGUGUCGAAGGAGUCUGUGGCGAGGGUGAGAUUCUACAUGUCCCCUCUGGUUGGUGGCAUUUGGUAGUCAAUCUGGAGCCCUCUAUCGCCAUCACACAGAACUUCAUCCCCCGGGGCCACUUGGGCGCUGCAUUAGACUUUUUGUCCAACAAACCUGAUCAAGUAUCUGGGUUCAGGAAGAAUGUGGUCAAUCCGCUUGACAGAUUCAUGACCGGCAUGCGGGAAUCCUACCCCGACUUGUUGGAACAGGCCUGGCAGGAGCUACAGCAGAAAAACGAAGGCAAGAAGCGCAAAUGGGAGGACAUUGUCCACGGAGCCACAGAUGAUGCACCCGAUGGACAAGAGACUACAGGUGGGUUCAGCUUUGGGUUUGGAGAUGACGGGAGUGACGUCGAAGUCCCUUGA